AUGGCGUCGAUAAUAUCAAGAAGACCAUUUGGCGACCCUUCAGCAACGGUGACGAUAAUACCGCAAAGACCGCAGGGUGCUCCAAGUGAGUCGGCGGCAACACCGACAGAUGGCGGUGUCCCAUUCGCAUCGAGCGCCGAGAAUAAUCUCGCCAAUCCUUCAGCUCUAGUGACGACAAUACCGCAAAGAUCACAGGGAGCUCCAAGUGAGUCGGCGACAUUGCAUCCAGAUAACGGUAUCCCAUUCUGGCAAUCUCUCGCAUCGGAUGCGUCGAAUGGUCUCUCCUCGUUUACCUCAAAUGUCGGAUUUCCGACCGAUAUCCCCAAUGUUGCUCCGCUACCGAUACCGAGUUCGAUAAUCGAGGGCAUCUCUCGAAUCUUCUACCCGUCGUCGGGGUUGCCGAGCCUUAGUGCAACGGAAACAGUAUCGUCCUGGCAAACGGGCCCGACUACGGCUGCAUCGUCUCUAUGGACGUGGCCGUUGCCAUCUAGCGGAUCCACAUCAGGGGCAAUAUCUUCAAUGUCACAACCAACGGGGACGUUAUCAUCUAGCGAAUCCGCAUCCGGAACAAUAUCUUCAACAUCACAAUCGACGGGGACCGUGCCACCUAGCGGAUCUACAUCAGGAACAAUAUCUUCAACGUCACAACCAACGAGCACGUUGCUAUCUAGCGGAUCUUCAUCCGACUCCUCAACAUCUAGCUCCAGCUUAUCCUCAACCUCAUCCCCAUCAUUGUCCUCUACUUCCUCAACCACCUUCUCAACUUCGACGCGCUCUAGCUCCACCUCAUCCUCGAUUUCCUCCUCGACUUCGUCCUCCUCGACUUCAUCGUCCUCGACUUCAUCGUCCUCGACUUCAUCGUCCUCGACUUCAUCGUCCUCGACUUCAUCGUCCUCGACUUCAUCCCUAUCCUCAUCUAUUACCUCAUCCUCCACCUCCACCUCAUCCUCUACACAAUCUUUAACUUCAUCCUCAUCCACCCCAACAACCAUCGUCACACCCGCCGACGAACCCGUCCGCCCCCCUACCACCGCCUUCCCCGCCCCCUGGCUCGCCUCCCCCUCCGCUACUACCGGCCUCCCCGCCAAAGUCGUCGCCGGCGUCGCCAUCGGCUCUGUCUUCGCCUUCCUCCUCCUCCUCGCCUCCGUCAUCUUCUUCCUCCUCCGCAAACGCCGCCACAAGUACCAGCUCGCCCCCGUCUACCCGCAGGAAGCCUACCUGUAUGACCCCCCCGAUGUCAGCGGCGGAUCCAGCGGCGCGUCGAAGCGCAGCUCGCCGUUUGGAUCCGGCGCCGGUUUGAAGCGGAACUCACCGUACGGAUCGGGCGGGCAGGGGAUGACGGAGGUGGAUCCGCCAUUUGGACCUGCGGGCGCACCGUCGCAGCGAGCGCCGUCGUAUGGCCGCGGUCCGCCGAAGGUGGAGUUGAAGAAUGCGAGCAGUCCGCGGUUUGGUGCGGGGGCGCUGGGGGUCAGUCCUAUGAUCGGAUUCAACGGACGAGGGAGUGGGCAAAGUCUGAUGGGGCCGCGCAAUGGGGGACUCGCAGCGGUGCCGGAGGGAGACGAGCGGGUGGUGGUGAGCAGAGAAGGUGCGGAUGAUAUGGGUGGGCGGGUUUCAAGGGAUGAGGGGGAUCUAGGGAUCCGAAGAGGGGACGAUGGCAUGGAACAGGUGCCGCUGACAGAGGCGGAUUAUAACGACUUGAAUGGGCGGGUGAGCCCACCUAUUGAGGAUGUGACCGAACCACGGAGUUGGGAAAGGAGAAGAGGGGAUAGUGGUGGUAUAUGA